AUGCUGCGCAACACGAUGCUGCGGCUGGCGAACCCAAACGUGGUGGUGUUAGGCACGGGUUGGGCCGGCUGCUACGCCGCUCACCACCUCAACCCCAAGUUGUGCAACAUUCAGGUCAUCUCAACCCGAAACCACAUGGUAUUCACCCCACUACUGCCGCAGACGACGACUGGUACGCUUGAGUUCCGCUCCGUGUGUGAGCCCAUCACCAACAUUCAGCCUGCUCUUGCAAAGCUGCCGCACCGCUUCCUCCGCAGCGUCAUCUACGACGUGGAUUUCGACGAGAAGCAAGUAAAGUGCGUCGGCAUCGGCGUUGUUGGCGGCUCGAAGAACGUGCCAGUUAACACCUUCAGCGUCUCAUAUGACUACCUCAUCAUGGCCCACGGUGCCAAACCCAACACGUUUAACAUCCCUGGUGUGGAGGAAAGGGCAUUCUUCCUGCGUGAGGUGACCGAGGCCCGCGGCAUCCGCAAGCGCCUCGUGCAGAACAUCAUGGCUGCCAACCUUCCGACCACCUCGAUCGAGGAGGCGAAGCGGCUGCUGCACACGGUAGUGGUGGGUGGCGGGCCGACUGGUAUCGAGUUUGCCGCCAACCUCGCCGACUUCUUCAGGGAGGACAUCAAGAACGUCAACACCUCACUCCUGCCUCACUGUAAAGUAACAGUGCUGGAGGCAGGCGAAGUGCUGGGCUCUUUUGACGCCACGCUGCGGCGGUACGGCCAGCUCCGGCUGAAGCAGCUGGGCGUCGAGAUCCGUAAAACAGCCGUAGUGAAUGUCACAGACAAGCAGGUAUUCACCAAGUCAGGCGAGGUGCUGCCGACGGGGUUGGUGGUGUGGAGCACCGGCGUCGGCUCGGGUCCGAUAACCAAGGCCCUGAAGUGCGACAAGACAAGUCAUGGACGCAUCUCUAUCGACGAUCACUUGCGCGUUCUGCGCGAUAGCAAGCCGAUCCCGAACGUGUUUGCCGCUGGCGACUGCGCAGCCAGCAACGAGAAGCCGUUGCCAACGCUGGCCGCCGUCGCCUCGCGCCAGGGCCGCUACAUUGGGAAGGAGAUCAAUAAUUUGCUCAAGGGAAAGCAAAUGACGAAGCCGUUUGUGUACCGCAGUUUGGGAAGUAUGGCCUCCAUCGGCAGCCACUCCGCCAUUGUCUCACUCGGCGAAAAAUUGAAGCUUGACCUGAACGGGUACGCGGCGCUCUGGGUGUGGAAGAGCGCCUACCUGACGAUCCUCGGCUCGAUCCGUAGCAAGCUCUACGUGAUUGUGAACUGGGCCGGCAGCCAGAUAUUCGGUCGCGAUAUCACGUACAUCGCCGACCUCACGGAGGACCGUACGUACUCUGCCCUGGCAGUGGAAGAGGUGUCGAAGGAGGUGAGCCGCACGGAGCCUGACCAGAUGCUAUGCGCUGGGAAGACAGAAACCACCUAUACUUCUGCCAUGCACAAGGAAAGUGCUACCAAGGAAUCCCUGCCUGGAAAGCUUGGGGAGUCAACGCGACUGACCCCACAUGGACAAACCACCGAGGAUUCUCGGGAGGCUCAAGCAGCAGCCGCUGCCACGCCGGCCACACCACAAGAGAAAGUGUAG